AUGGCUGAACCAACUCGACCCGAAUUUGAAAUAUUGGACUCAAAAGGACUUGAGUACCACUGUUGGAUUUAUGAUGUGGAAACUACUUUCAUGGGAAAGGACUACAUUUCCACAAUCAUACCAUUCGCUGACCCCAACGACGAAGAACCAUCUGACAAAGUCAAAGAAAAUGCUCUAAUGUUUAUGCGGUGGCAUAUUGACCAACUGACUGUCCAGUGGAAUGAAAUCUGCUUGCUUGACUACAAAAGGGUCAAUGACUUUAACAAGGACAUGUUGCGCUUAAAAGCAUGUCUCACCUUCUGUGGAAAGGAAAUCACAGAAGCUGAUAUGAUACAAAAAACUCUCUCCACUUUUCCUACUUCAGCACUUAUACUAGCAAACUAG